GCCAGACUUGAUGCGAGUUCACAGACUGACUGGGCUUUGAAUGCCAGAUAAACAUGACAUUUGGUGUUCAAGUCAGUCAAUAGAGUUAUGAAGCGAUGGCUGUAUUUCUUAGCCGAAGACUAACAUAUGUUUGGGUCGUUUCACUCCUUCAUGUCUUCCUCAUCCGAGAGACCCAUUCAGAGAGCUAUAGCUCUGAUAACUUUGAGGACAAGUUAGGUAUCGCUUAUGAGUUUAAAAUACAUAUCGACGCCGGAAAGGAAGACUGUUUCUACCAAUACAUCCAACCCUCGUCUUCGCUAUACGUGGCCUUUCAGGUGAUGAGAGGGGGUGACAGUCAGGCAGGGUUUGCCAUCCGGGACCCAAUGGGACAGUUCGUUAUGCCCUACCAGUGGAAAGCGCACGCGGAGUACGACGAGGCGGCCGUACAAACACCCGGCUAUUAUUCGCUAUGCAUUGACAACACUGUGUCCCGAUUUGCCUCCAAACUGGUCAGUCUAUACGUGGCCUCAUUCAAGAGGGACGAGUGGGAGAAGUAUAUCCAGGAGUUGACU